AUGACGCGCGACGGCCAGGCGUACGCCGAAUACGACCUUCUCUCGCCUUCCCAGGCCGCCGCGUCGUCGGAAACUUCCGUAGCAACAAGCGCCGGGAAGAGCGGCGGCGUGACGAGCGGCGUGAAACGCGGCGUGAUGGACAUCACGCACACGUAUGUCCCGCCAAGCCGACGUGGCGAGGGCCUCGCGGCGCGUCUGUGCGAAGCCGCGUGCGAGUACGCCAAGGAGAACGGGCUCUACGUGCGACCCACGUGCUCUUAUGUUGAGGAGACGUUUAUGAAGCGACACCCGUCCUGCCGUGACCUGCUGGAACCGGGCACUCUGCGACCCACCCUCUGA